AUGGCAACUCCACCGCUCUUACCACACAGCGGGCCAGCCUGGACCCGCAAACAGCAGCAGACGGCAUGGUCUGACAAUCCUCCUGCCUCGACACCGACACCGCCAACUGCCUCGUCUUCGCCACGCAAGACGCCGAGAACGAGACCCGCACGGUCACCGUACGGAGUCGGCGGUCCUGCGUUCGCCAAUUCGGCACCGCUCAUCGCCGCGUCUCUCAGUGGAGCAGGAUCAGGAUCCGUCUCGACUCUCUCGCUUCCAGCACAAACGACGACCCAGGAUGCGCCGUACUUGACGCACAUCCACCGGCACCACGGGCAGCUGACGCUUGUCGCGCCGGACAACUUGGGUGCGCGAAGACAGCCUGGGACGGUGGAUCCGCCCGAAAGACGAGUCGACGCAGGCGGAGGAUGGGGGAUCUCGCCGCCUCCGAUAGUGGAGGACGAAAGUGCCGAACCGAAUGUCAUGAAGAAGAAGAAGCGGAAGAAGAAGAGUGCGCUGGAGCAACGACGGGAAAAGGAGGAGCGCGAGAAGCGCGAGAGGGAUAUCCUCAGCGCGGUGCAGAAUGCUGGGCGGACGCCGAGUCCGAAUCGGGCGUCCGCAUUCGAUUCGGAAGCGGUCAGGUCGGCCCAGAUGGGACGGACAACGAGCGGGAGGUCGCUCGAAGUGCCGGGACAGCAGGAGAUGGGCAGGCGAAGGAGGAGUCGGUCGCGUGUCCGGGAAGGAGAGUCGCGGAGCGUCGAAUCGUCGACUCCCGCUCGACAUCCGCGAGGUCCGCGUCCGCCGCCUGCUCCGGCAGUCGCGCGUGCACAGUCAGCCGACAACGUGCAACAGGCGACGACUUCUGUACCGAGACCAUCCCGCCCGCCUGCCGAACAACGCAAUCCUCCCCGCCGACCUCGACCUUCUCCCGCCGCCGCUGCUCCCCCAAUAUCCCCGCCCGCUUCAUCCGCCACUGCUCCACAGCCUACUCCGCCACCCAUACCGGUCCUCCCGCCCCUCACAUUUUCCUCCAUCGAUGACUCCUCACUCGACGACCAUCUCUCGCUCGGCCUGCUCGACCCGUCAAUGCUGCUCAUGUCUCCUCCGCCCGCGUACACCGGUCGCGGCGAAGGCGGUGAGCUUCCUCCUUUGCCGAGCCUGGGGAGUGCAGCGCUCGGAGGCAGAGAGGCAAGAAGGCGGGGUGAGCGGUACUCGAUGGCUCCGCCUGGCUCUCCCCCGCCCUCCGCACUCGCUCUCUCCCUCCCGCCUCCGCCUCCCACCUCGCUGCCCCCUCCAUCUCUCCCUCCUCCACCAAUCACCUCCCCCUCCUCCUCCUCCUCCGAAGCGUCCCUCUCCGACGCAGAAAACGACAACGACACCGACUCGUUCAUCCUCCACUCUUCCGACCCACUCGUACUCGCUUGGGAAGCGGAUCGGAGUGCGGGGAUCUAUUCGCUUGAUGAGAGGAUUGAGAGGGAUUUGGAGAGGAGACGGAGGGCGGCGAGGGGGUCGCCUAUUGAGGGGGGUGCGAGGGAGGAUGUCGGGGCGUCGAGUGCGGCAGCGACGAGUGCGUCAUCUUCUGCGGGAGUACCUGCCGGCGCAGAUGCCGACGCCGGUGCGGACGUCGAAGCCGAAGCAGACGCCGAAGACGACCCGACCGCGCUCGCCCUCCUCCGUCGGCGCAUCGCCCUCGCCGAGCGUGAGAACAACUCUCGAGGUGUUGUGCGAGCUCUGAGCGUGCAUGCGACGAGGAGUAUGAGGAGGGCUGGAAGGGCGGCGAGGGAGCGGAGGGGACGGGGGGCGAGUUUGGGAGGGGCGGCGGGGUUGGGGGAGGUGAGGGAGGAGGAUGGGGCGGGGGCGGUGGAGGAGACGCGAACUGCGGAGGAAGCGAGACCCCCUGCGCCUGCUCAGAAAACGCCUUCGCUCCCGCCCGCGCCCGCCGCUGCGACACGUUCUUCGCCCUCUCCAGCUUCCGUUGAAACCGAACCCGAACCCGAUUCAGAGUCGGAUGCCGAAACCUCCGCACCAGCGGCGUCUGCUCGUCCAUCUCGCACCUUGACGCUUCAGGGUCAUCGGAUGUUGGCGGAAGCAGCGGAGAGGCGGAUGGCGGCGGAACGGGCGGCGCGCGCGAGGGCGGCGCAGACUGCGAAUCCAGCAUCUGCGAUCCCUGCAGAGGCAGUACGGGUGACGGAAGGGAAGAGCGAAGCGGAGGCGCCGCCGCGGAGUGAGGUCUACGAGCGGCUGUUUCCAGUCCGACCAGGUCUCUUCGGUGCCUCGUCAGCACGCCCGGCCCAGCAGACGUCAACGUUGACGGUAACGGCUGCGACUAGCGAGUCCUCGACCGCCGCGCCUGUACCGCCGCCCAAAUCACGCCCCCCUCCGCCUCCUCCGCCUCGUUCGCGCCCCUCUUCAGCUCGCAACAGCCUCGAGCGAUCUAUCGACCCUUCCUUCGCUGCACCCUCCCCUGCGCCUUCUACCGAACCGGCUCGCACUCCUUCUUUCCGCCGACCUCCUCCGCCUCCUCCACCCGGCGCGUCCGCAAUCCUCGCGGCUCGCCGCGCCUCGCUGCCUCCGACACAGCCUACUCUUCCCGCGCCCCCCGCUUCAACCGCCGAGCCCGUUCGACGAAGACCCUUACCGGUUCCGCCUGCGCCACUCGCCGAAGAUAGGCUCGAUGCGUUCACAGCGCUGAGGAUGGCGCACGGCGAGCUCCCCUCAUCGCCUCGACUUCCGCCGUCGAACGAUGGCCGGGCGACGCCUCGGGCUGCCACAUCGCCUCCGCCAAACGAGCCGCCGCCCGUGAACGAGGUCGAGCACCCAGGUCCCCCGCUUCCUCGUCGUCCACCUCGCCCCGCUCCAGCUUCGGUCUCCGUCUCGACCGCACAAGAACAGCCGGGUACGUUGGCGGAAGUGCCCGAGUUCAGCAUGUACACCGACCUCGACUUGCUGCUCGCCCGCCUCGAGGCGCAGGAGAACGGAAGCCCAGCGGCGGGCACGACCGAAGGGGCGGCGACGGAAGCCGCGCAAGGAGGCGAGAACUACGAUGACUUCCUCCUCCUCUCGGACGUUCUCGGCCAAGCAGUUCCGGCUGGCGCCUCACCCGCCGAACUCGAGUCGCUUACGGUCGCUCGAGUUGAAUGCGAGCGAAGGAGGGUCACGAAGAGCGGUAAGGUCAAGAGCAAACUGAGCGUUGUUGGUGUGCGGUGCGUCGAUUGUGCGAUCUGCCUGGCCCGCUUCAAAGUCGACCAAUUCGCCGUCGUCCUUCCCGACUUCCACGAGAACUGCAUCCGCAGCUGGUUCCGCCUCAGCCGUGUCUGCCCCGUCUGCCGCGCCGAAGUCUUCCCGCCGCGCCCGCCUCCAGCCGUCGACCUCCUCCAGUGA